AUGGUCGACAAGCUUGGGAUCGAGGAUUCUAGAGUGACAUGGCACACAGCAACAAUCCGCCACAAAACUUACCAUUACAUGAAAGCCGACCCGGAUAACGAACCCCUCGCGACACUUAUCCUUCUGCAUGGAUUUCCUGAUUUGGCAUUCGGCUGGCGGCAUCAGAUUCCCUGUCUGCAAUCCCAUGGAUAUCAGAUCAUCGCGCCAGACAUGCUCGGUUUCGGCCUUACCAGCGCCCCUUGUCAGCCAAGCUCGUACGGCUUGAGGAGCAUCGUCGAGGACAUCAGAGACUUGGCAAAUCUUGUCGCCAAAGAUAAAAAAAUCAUCCUUGGCGGACAAGACUGGGGCGGCGCGGUGGUUUGGCGCACGGCUGUAUGUAUGUAUGUUUUUCGUCCGGGGAGCCAUCGGCCCCGAAAGUCCCCUACUGGGGCACAGGACGUGCUGAGCUAG